GUGUGUGAAUGUUUUCUCCCUACAAUCAUCCAGUGGGUUCUGAAUCUGCUGAUGAAAAUCGAUUAAAAAUAGUAGUUUAAUAUUUAAUAAAGUAAGUAACUUCCCGCUCGCCCAGCUGUAGAUCUGGCCACAGUCCGAAAGAAGGAUGGCCCCGACGAGGAAACCCAACGAUGGCCUGCUGGCCCGGGUAAAUUUUCCCCUGUAUGCAAUAGAAAUGCUCACCAGUCGACACGUCCUAGUGGCUGGCGGUGGCGGAGCCUCCAAGACCGGAGUGGCUAAUGGAUUUGAAAUUUACGAAAUAUACCACAACGGCGAAAAGUACGUGGCAGAUGAGGUGAUCCGACACGAAACCGGACCCACGGUGGUCAUGAACUGUGCCACCAAGAACGAUGAGAAACGGACCCUGCUGGUUGCGGGGCAGGAAAGUCACUGCCAAAUGUAUCUAGUGAAUCCGAUUAUCAGUUCGUCAGAUGGUGAAUAUGCAGGAGGGAAAACAGAAACCUUGGAUGGGUUGCGCAAGCGGAAGAACGUAUCCUAUCAACCUCAGGCGAAUGGACAAGCUACGGCCAAUCAACAGCAGCCGGAUCCGAAGAAGGGCGGCGACGAAGAUAAGGAUCGUGCCAGGAAGGUGAUACGUUUCGAGAUCAAAACCAGCGAUUCGAUUCAGACGGAUUUCACGGAAGCGGAACCGUUGCAGCGAGUUGUCCGAAUCAGUCCCAAUGGACGCCUGAUGGCAACAGGCGGAACGGAUGGCCACUUGAGACUGUGGAAUUUUCCGAAGAUGACAAUGCUGUCGGACAUAUCGGCUCACACAAAGGAGAUCGAUGAUUUGGACUUUAGCCCUGACAAUAAGUAUAUCGUAUCGAUAGCCAAGGAUGGACUGGGUGUCAUUUGGUCGAUCAAUCCGGAUAAGGAGUCUCGAAAGCUGACGUGGAACCCGCCGGAAGGCACCCGAUAUCUGUUCAAGCGAUGUCGCUAUGGGCUCAUCGAAGGGCACAAGGACAAGCACCGAUUAUUCACGUUGGCCAAUCCGUUUUCGAAAUCGGGCAAAGCCAAAGGUUUGCUGCAGCAGUGGGAUCCGGACGUUGGUCGGUUGAGUCGCGUGGUGGAGAUCGAUGAAUCGCUCGCUGCCUUGGCCGUUCGGGACGACGGGCGCUUCGUGGCCGUUGGGACCAUGUUCAGUGGUUCGGUGUCGAUCUACAUUGCAUUUAGCCUGCAGCGGGUGCUGCACAUUCCGAAUGCUCAUGCAAUGUUUGUGACCGGGUUGGAGUUCCUGCCCGUAACGAACUUUGACGGUCCGGCUAUCAGUGCCAACUCCGAGGCGGCCGUCCUCUCCAUCUCGGUCGAUAACCGAGUGUGCGUGCACAGUUUGCAGUAUAGACAUUCACUCCCGGCAUGGGUUGCAAUAUUCGCAAUAGUGGCAAUUUUGUUCAUCACUUUCUGCUUCUGUUCGUACAUUGGACUGUAGUUGGGCCCAGUGAUGCGUCGUAAUCUUUGUGUUAUCAAGAAAGUGUAUGUUGGUAGUGUUUACUUUGUACAGUCAUGAGAGAGGAAACAGGAUCAAGUAAUCAGGUGAUAAAUAAAUUACUUUAUAUUAAGUUUCACCGAUGUGACUACAUUAGACAACAAAAAUAUAACAAAACAAAAAAUAGCUCUUUUAAGAUGCAAGAUGUUAAUUUAUUCAAAUAAAUUGUGGUAGUUUGUGAUUACACACGAAUAAAAGGCGUAAAUGCG